AUGGCAGAAUUCUCCGCCCUCACGACAAAGUUCCGCGCAAAUCUGGACAGCCAGCACCCGGGAGGACACAAAAUCAGCAAGCGAAAUCGACAGCCCAUUUCCUGCUUCAACUGCCGGAUCAAGAAAUUAAAAUGCGACAAAGGUCAUCCAUGCGAGACCUGCGUCAAACGAGGCGACGAGUCAAGCUGCGUUUACGGCAAUAUCCCUUUGCCUAGAGCAUCCGACACAGGCACCACCAAUGGCACGAACCUGGCUCAUGCGACAAACCGGCGAGGACAAGCGCAGGAUAGGCUCCGGCAUUUGGAGCAACUCGUCAUGCAAAUGGUGGGAAACACGACGAGUGCGCAGUCUUCGCAUGGAUCGGAAGCCGCUGCGAGCCCUGGUUCGGGACAUGAUAACGAUGCCUCAAAUGCCAGCAUGGCAAAGGAAGGACACCUUCAGUACGGCACCUCGGAAUCGCGCUACGUCGGUUCGACGCACUGGUCUGCAAUCCUGGAAAGUAUACAAGAACUCAAGUCUGCGCUUUCGAAUAGCAGCAAUGGCCAAGGAGGCCGCCCAUCGACGACUGAGCUUGAUGAGGGCGAAGACGUCGAACCACAAGAAAUAGAAGGCCUGUUUGGUUCGACAAGCCAUAUUUCGCUCUCUCAGAUCCUGUCGCAGGCCCUCCCUCCACGACUACAAGUCGACCGUCGUCUGUCCACCUACUUCAACAGCCGGUAUCUGGUCAUUCCCUUCAUCCACACGGGCCAAUUCCGAAGACAGUACGAACAAUUUUGGCGCACGCCGCUAGAGAUGCCUCCCCUCUGGGUUUCCAUACUAUUCUCCAUCUGUUGUAUGUCUGCUACCUUGUCCGAAGCCGUGGGCUCGGAGCCGUCCACUCCAGAAGAUCAACUGAGUCCACGGAUGAGUUUUCUCAACGCUGCCGGCCAAUGUCUCCGCCUCGGCGGCUUUAUUCGCCCCAAACGCUAUGUGGUCGAAGCUCUGGCCCUGUAUGCGCAAUGCAAAUACAUGGCCACGCUGGAUCCGUCGCGCGAAGUCAGCAUCAUAUUCCCCAUCCUUGUGCGGCUCGCGUACCGAAGCGGCUACCAUCGCGAUCCAUCCCAAUUCCCUCAUCUCUCUGUGUUUGAGGGUGAACUUCGGCGGCGCGUCUGGGCAAUGUGUCUGCAAUUCGACCUCAUGGUUUCUUUUCAACUGGGCUUGCCCAACCAGAUCCCGCCGAAUAGCUGGGAUACGUUACCUCCAUCAAACCUGAUGGACAGUGACUUUGAUGAGCAUACUCUGGUCUUGCCACCGUCCCGGUCGGAGGAAGAAGCAACGCAAGUACUGUAUUUCAUUGUCAAAACUCGUCUGAUGACCACAUUCGGCAAGGUCUGCGCGCACGCGCUCUCGUUUCGCGACUACUCAGAGGAGGAGGUCAUGGAUCUCGACCGCGAAGCCCGCGCCGUAUACGCCACUGUACCCCAGAUUCUACAUAUUCGUCCCAUGUCACAAUCCUUUGCCGAUCCCAGCUACCUCAUCAUGGUGCGCACCAAUUGCGAGUUCCUCUACCAAAAAUCGCUCCUCGUGCUACACAGGAAGUACAUGACGCAAGGCAGCCAUCCAACUUCCACCAAAAUAUGCACAGAUGCCGCCACGGCGAUCACACGACAUAUGCUCGAUCUGCACAAGGAGUUGAAGCCCGGGGGCCAACUUCAUCAGGAUCGUUGGAUGUUGAGUUCGUUCACCAUGAAUGAUUUCUAUCUGGCCGCAAUGGUCUUGUGUUUGGCGGUGAGUAUGUGGAGGAAAGCGAAUCCCGGAAGGAACCUCGAGAAUUCCGAGGACGACAAAGUGGUCGAGCAGUUCCAGCUGUUGAAGGCCGCGUUUGGAAUCUGUGAGGAACUGAGUCCCACGAGCAAUGAGGCGAAGAGAGUGGCAGACAUUCUGAAGGUGGUUCUGAGUGAGAUUGCAAGUCCAGUGACGGUUGCACAAUCGACAUGGUCAGGCUCAUUUGGUGGCAAAUCGAGGGAUCCCAGGAGCAACACGUCGGUGUCGAUCACCCACUCGGAAGGACAAACACAAGAAUCUUCAACAUUACCACCUCAGACGGCCGUGCAACCAGGGCGAUUUGCGGGUUCUGUCAUGUUUCCGAUGCAGUACGACAUCUCUAUGGUUCAGCCGACACUAUCAGAUCAACAGAACGGCGGCGGAUUCUCGAACUAUCCGUCCUCGUCGACAUCGUCUCAUAUUCAGCAGGGCCAGCCUGGCGUUGGGGAAGGACGUGGUAGCGAUGGUGACGGUAGUGGCGGUAACUACUUUACCCCAGCAUUCAAUAACUCCAGCAUCACCGACGGCAGCGCUACGCUGAACCCCCACCUGCGUCUCAUGCCGGGCAUCCAGAACCCAGGUCUCGGCCCGAACCCGUUUAUGAGUUUUCUUCCAUUCAGUCCCACGUAUUUUCCACCAACACCGAACCCAGGCCCCGCGACAGCCGCUACGAGUGCGGUGACGGGGACAACCUCGUCCUCUUCUGACCUCCCUGCCGAGGACAUGGCGGCCAACAGCUCGAUGCCACCGAACCUCGACGUCGACUGGGCAUUCCUCGACCAAUGGAUGUCUCUGCCGAACCCGGACAUCCUGGCCAUGACUGAGGGUGCCCCUGCACCUGCACCUGCACCAGCGCCGGCCUCACAAGCUACCGCAUCGAAUCCAAUCCCGCAGCACUCUAUGGCGUGGAAACCGGGAUCCUCACUCGCCCGGCCAGACGAGUAUUCCCCUCAAGAUCAAAGCGCCAGAAGCGCCGGGUCUAGCACAGGCGCGGUAGAUGUGACGACAGCGACGGACUGGACGAGCACGCCUUUCCGCUUUCUCGGCGGCGAGCGGACACAACGCGACAAAGUCGCCCAGGCGGAUGAUACGCCGAUGGCGGACGCGGGCGCUGGCUCUGGUGGCGCUGGCGCAGGCGUCAACGGUGCUGCCACCAGCUCCCCUAGACGACAGAGAGCAUAUGCGGGCGAUGUCGCGUACUAA